AUGGGAUCUCUUAGGGACUUAAAAGAUAUGUUUUUUAGCAUCCACAACCCAGAUUUGGUAACUCAGACAACAAUGGUGGUCGCCUGUUCAAAGUUAGGAGAUAUCAAAUUCACACGCCAACCGUUUGAAAUAAUGCUCGACCGAGAUGUGAUUGCCUGGAACGCAAUGAAAGCAGGGUACGUGCGUUUCGGGGAGCCUUUAAACGGACUCGAACUGUUUAACGCAAUGGAAAUGAAAGGUUUGAAGGUUAAUGUGUUAUCUGCAUGCACUCGGUUAAGUGCUUUAGAUGCGGGACAACGGGCAUAUAGAUAUACAAAGUAUAAAAAACUACAAAUCAACACACUCUUGGUAGUGCACUAG